AUGGCAACUGAUUAUAAUUUGAGGAAUAUUCAGUUUUUUAAAUCUGAUCGAAAUGUGAAAAAGAUAAAUUGUUUAAAAUCCGUAAAGAAUGGCGUCAAGCAACAUGUGAGAGAAUUUUGCAAAAACUCCACUUUACAUGGCCUUAAUUAUUUGGUCAAAAGGGAUUUGUAUCCUAUGGAAAGGGCAUUUUUUGCUUUGUCCUUCAUAACUGUUGUCAUCGUGGCUGGCAUUUUCAUUGGUAAUGUCUACAACAAAUGGAACACCACACCGGUUAUAUUUAGCAUUAAUCCAAAGCCGACCUUCAUUACUAAUGAACCAUUUCCGGCAUUGACCAUAUGCAACAUGAAUCGGGCCUAUAAAUCUAAGGCUGAGCAAUAUGAAAAAAAUUCUGUGGAACAUGCCGUGAUACAAAUGCUAUGCAAGCGGGAUGUUAAUCUCACAGUCACGGACACUGUAAAAAACUGGAAUGCCUUAAACCAAUUCAUAUCGGAUAUCUCUCAACCCUGUGAAAAUAUGUUGAUAGCUUGUCGUUUUGGUGGCGUUGAUUACAACUGUAAGCGUAUAUUCCAUGCCAUUGUUACCGAUGAGGGUCUAUGUUGCGCCUUUAAUAUGGUACAUCCAAAAUUUCUAUAUACCAAGGGUACAACCUCUUUGAUUCAAGAAAAGUACACCAGUGAUAGUGACAUGGAUGAGGCGGUGCCCUGGAAUGCUGAGACUGGUUAUCCCAAAAAGUUACCCAAACAUUUUUAUCCACGCACUGCCCAAGGUACCGGAGAAUCCCUUGGCUUGACAAUUAUACUUAAUGUGGAGGCAGAUCAAUAUUAUUGCUCUUCUACCAAUAGUAUGGGCUUCAAAAUGUCCAUGCACAUGCCCAAUGAAAGACCCAAUGUUCGCGAGGUUGGCCUCUUGGUCGCAGCAGGUUAUGAGACAAAGGCUCGAAUGCGUUUUGAAAAAUUGGAAGCAGAUCCCGGCCUACAAGAUGUAGAUCUCAAGUAUCGCCAAUGUGAGUUUCAAGAUGAACAUGAGCUCAUCUAUUUCGCCUCUUACACUCAGUCGAAUUGUGAGGCUGAAUGUCAGGCCGAGUCGUUGAUGCGUCAUUGUGGUUGCUUUGCGAAUUACAUGGCUAAACGAUUUGAAAAUGCCACAGUCUGCGGUGUUUAUCAUAGUCAAUGUGUGGAACGCAUACGGCUACAUUCCAUGCUCAACGAUGACGAUGAUGAUGAAAGGGAAUGUGAUGAGGUGUGUCUGCCCAGUUGCUAUGCUUUGAGAUUUUAUGCGGAAUUUUUUUCAGCUCCCUUGGAGCAUGAUAACUUUGUGAAUAUUAAUCCGAAAAUAAGAAAUUUAAGUGAGGAAUAUGUGGAAAAUAAUAUUGCCAUAUUGACCAUGUACUACAAGGAUAAUUCAUUUUAUAGCAACAAGCAGACGGAAUUCAUAGGCAUGACAGAUGUUUUGUGUAAUGUUGGUGGCUUGAUUGGACUCUUCUUUGGUUUCAGCUUUAUUUCCCUGGCUGAAAUUAUUUUCUAUGCCUUAAUACGCCCUUGGCGCAAAGUUCGCAGAUAUUCCCCCACGGCAAAGACAACCCGAAAACGCAAAACUCCACGCUAUUUAUCAAUUCCCAAUUUAAGAUAUUCUUUGCAUAAACUAAGAUUUCGUGGAAAAUGCACUCCAUUGUUUUCUGUACCACCGAAAAAUGCCUGUGCGGCUUCAAGUUAUUGCACGGGAAAAAUUUCUUUAGAAAUUCAGCAUUUGGAAACUGAAUAA